UCCCUGAGCCCCUGGCCAGCCCUCUGGCAGGGUAAAUUCGGAGUAGAAACAUGAACAGUGUGAGCACCCUCCGCCCCCCACCCCACCUAUACAGUAACAGGCAGAGGCUCAGCAAUAUGCUGCUGCCCAGUAAAGAGGGAUAGUGGUGGGAGUGUGGCAGACCAGGGUCCAUGCUGGGCCACUCCAUAAGUCCCAGGCCUGGGUAAUUAGUACCCGCUCCCCCCCCCCCCAUCAUCACUGCCGACAUCCUACAGCCGCUGAAUUAACGGAGCCUGCAAGAAGGCGGAGAAGGGAGAGGAGGAGCAGCGCCAGCGCCGGGACCUCCUGCAGGUGUUCUGUUCCCAUGAUUCCUGAACUGUCAGACAGUACAGCUAGAGCCAAUGAUGGUACCUGGAGGAAAAUCAAUGUCAGGAGUCAGUCUGAUAAUUCUGCAACCAUAUUGCAUAAUAGUGAUCCCUUAGAGGAGCCACAUGAACACAGUGUGGGCGGUCGGGAAAACUCACCUAAUGUGAUAAUAAGGGCGGAGAGGUCUUGUCAGCCUCACACCCACAUCUUCUUCCUGAAGACGCAUAAGACAGCCAGCAGCACCAUCAUGAACAUUCUAUUCCGGUUUGGAGAAUCACAGAACCUAACGUUUGCCCUACCUGCUUAUAACAUGUCACAGUUCCUUUAUCCCAGCUAUUUCAAUGCUUAUUUUGUAGAAGGAUUCACCAGGAAUACCCAUCAUCAUUAUGACAUCAUGUGUCACCACAUGCGGUUCCUGCGGCCAGAGGUGGAAAAGGUGAUGUCAAAUGACACAUUUUAUUUCACCAUACUGCGGAAUCCAGUUUCACUGAUGGAGUCAUCAUUCUCAUAUUAUAAGGGCACAGACAUCUUUGAAAAGGCAUAUAGCUUGGAAGAGUUCUUGAAAAACCCCUACAAAUACUACAACGCAUCAAGUACAUUCAGCGGUUAUGGCAGGAAUCUCAUGACAUUUGAUCUUGGGUUUCACCAAGAUGGCAUGGUAACACCAAAGCACCUCCAGUUGACCCGACAAGCUGUGGAAACAACUUUUAACUUGGUCCUGAUUACAGAGUACUUUGACGAGUCUUUAGUGCUUUUAAAAGAUGCUCUUUGCUGGAGUUUUGAUGAUGUCCUGUCUUUUCCACUAAACAGUAGGAGCAGUGCCAGCCGAAAAGUCCUUUCCCAUGUAACUGAAGAGAUGAUCAAAUCCUGGAACCAGUUAGAUUGGCAUCUUUAUAUCUACUUUAACAACUCCUUCUGGGAACAGGUAGAAAUGUUUGGGCGAGACAGGAUGCAACGUGAGGUACAAGAACUACAGAGGAGGAGGGCUGAGCAUUCAGAGCUCUGUCUACAAGGUCAAGUUGACCCAAAGAGAAUAAAAGACAACUCUCUGCAACCGUUCCAAGCUGGACUGUCCAGAAUUCUUGGUUACAACCUGAAACCAGGACUUGGAGAGGCUGAGAGGUCAUUGUGUCAAAGACUUGUGACCCCAGAACUUCAGUAUACUCAACUGUUAUACAAGUCCAUUAAACGUAAAUUUACUUCAUUUGGUCAUAGUUUAAACCAACCUGUCCAUUAAGCCAUAUUUUUUUUAUAGUGCCCCUAUAAAUGCUGCCUUCCAUUUUUAUAAAGUUGCACUUUCU